AUGGCUCCCCGAGAGGAGCUGAUCGCAUCUGCUGUAAACCAAUUGCCCUCAUCGCGUGAUGGCGACUCCGCUAACCGAGAAAAAGUCCUCCAGGAUCCCUCUGUGGCAGCAUCCCCUAUUGAGAAGAGAGUCCAGUUCUUGCAAUCAAAAAACCUUACCCAAGAAGAAGUCGAUCUUGCGUUAUCCCGAGUCGGCGAGGAUCCCUCCGCCGCCGCCGUAGCUACCGCAUCGUCCCCAGCCCCCUCUUCACAACAGGUCGCGUACCGACCACCACCACAAGCACCACAGGGAUAUGGAUACCCUCCAUAUGGGCAAUGGCAGCCCCCUCCAGAGCCGCCCAAGCGUGACUGGCGAGACUGGUUUAUCAUGGCUACAGUGAUGGGUGGUGUGGGGUAUGGGCUCUACUUUGUAACAAAGGUAAAGGAUUUGCCUAAAUCGCUCUUUUUUUUUUAUGUUAUACUAAUUUAUCUAGCGUUAUAUCUCCCCCUUAUUGCCCCACCUACACCUCCUCAACUAGAGCAGGACAAGGAGAAUAUCGAUGAACAGUUCACACGCGCGUUUGGUCUGAUCGACCAACUAUCGACCGAUACUGCGGCUUUGAAGGCUGCCGAGGACGCCCGGACCGAGCGCCUUGAUGCUGCCCUCAAGGACGUGGAAAAUCUCGUUGCAGAUCUGAAGACCUCAUCCCGGCGCCGGGAUGACGAGACCCGUCGAAUCAGCGAUGAGGUCAAGUCCUUAAAGGAUGCUAUUCCUAAAGCUCUCGAGGGCGCUAGGGAAGGUAAUGAGAACAUGUUGAAGGAACUGGGAUCUGAACUAAAGAGCUUGAAGGUCCUCUUGGGUAACCGUCUGGGUGGUGGUGCGACCCCCGCCGCGGGUAGAACCGUGAGCAGCGCAACCUCUAUCCCUAUUUCUUCUCCUAGCCCAGCCCCUACCCCUGCUGCUCCAACUGCAGUGGAGACACCUAAUGGUUCAUCUGCUCCGGCCGCCAACGGCCUUCAAGCUACUGUGACUUCUCCCGAGCAGGAGUCGCAGCCAGCUGCUACUGCGCCCGCCACCCCAAGCAGCAACCCUCUCUCACAGCUUAACCGAUCUGCCUCCAUUCCGGCCUGGCAGAUGGCUGCGGCCAACCGGAACAAGAGCUCCUCACAGUCAAGCUCGACCCCGGCUGGUGGCAAUGCUGAGCAGAGCGCUCCGCCCAGCUAA